UUGACCCAAAACUCCAAAUGCUUUCCUUACACGUUUCUAGUAAAUGCGAUGGAUGGACGAACCCAAACCGAACUUGGCUUGGUACUGGUUUUGGUACAGGCACAGCUUACUUGAAAAAACAGUGUAAAGCCAUGGAACUUUCCAUGUCCUCCAGAUUCCGAUCAUCGGAACUCCAUCUCUUUUGCCGGGCACUUGGUACUCCCCUCAAAGUUCGGCCAUACCAUCACUUGCCCAUUAUUCUCCGCCCAAAACUGAAACCCACCCCGAUUGUUUCCGUCCCCAAAACUCGUGUCCUGAUCACCGCCAAGAAAAGGUCAUCGAUUGAAGGUGUCAGCGAAGAGAUGAAUGCGAUCGCUUCACAGAGCUUGGACUCUGCAUCCGCUCGCAGGCGGGUUCGAUCCGCUUUUCUGGACGUGCAGCAACAGCUGGACCAUUGCUUGUUCAAGAUCGCUCCUACUGGGAUCAGAACUGAGGAGUGGUAUGAAAAGAAUUCAAGGGGCUUGGAAAUUUUCAGCAAAUGCUGGUUGCCUAAACCGGGAAUUCGAACGAAAGGCUCCUUGUGUUUCUGCCAUGGAUAUGGUGACACUUGCACUUUCUUCUUUGAAGGUAUUGCGAAGCAAAUUGCCGCUUCUGGGUAUGCUGUAUAUGCUUUGGACUAUCCAGGUUUUGGUCUAUCUGACGGAUUACACGGUUAUAUCUCAAGCUUUGAUGAGCUAGUUGAUGAUGUUAUUGACCAUUAUACAAAAAUCAAAGGAAGACCAGAAUUGAGAGGGUUGCCUCACUUUAUAUUGGGGCAAUCAAUGGGAGGAGCUGUUACUCUCAAAGCUCAUCUAAAGGAACCAAGUGGAUGGGAUGGAGUGAUUCUUGUAGCCCCAAUGUGUAAAAUUGCAGAAGAUGUGACACCCCCACCAGCAGUGCUGAAGGUAUUGACUCUGUUGUCUAAAGCUAUGCCCAAGGCCAAGCUUUUCCCACAGAAAGAUCUAGCUGAGCUAGCAUUCAGAGAUUCGAGGAAAAGGAAAAUGGCUGCCUACAAUGUGAUCUCGUACAAUGAUCAAAUGCGACUAAGGACUGCUGUGGAGCUGUUAGAGGCCACAAGUGAUAUUGAGAUGCAAUUGGAGAAGGUUUCAUCGCCAUUGCUGAUUCUUCAUGGAGCUGCAGAUAAGGUGACGGAUCCACUAGUGAGCCAGUUCCUUUAUGAGAAGGCUUCUAGUAAAGAUAAAACCUUGAAGCUUUAUGAAGAAGGUUAUCACUGCAUUCUGGAAGGGGAACCUGAUGAUAGAAUAUUUACAGUCCUCAGAGAUAUUAUUGCAUGGCUUGAUUCCCACUGCUCCUUAAAUAGAGGCUCCCUUAACAUCAAAGUUCCCUCAUCUGGAGGGGAAAACUGAUUCAGAUUUUUUAUUCCUUAGUCCAGUGUAGCUUGAAUCCCUAAAGAUGUGAUGUUCCAAAUCUUUCAUUCCUUUGCCUUUGGCUUUUAUUGAGCCCUUGUAAACUCCCAACCCAGGAACUGGCUGUAUUUCUCAAUAAAAAGGAAUUUUUUUCUGUGAA